AUGGCUCAGCCAGCCGGGCCACCACAAGUUUUCUCACCAGCGGUACCUGGUGUCAGCAGCACCAGCUCUGGCGCCACCAGUGGCUCCGGUGGUGUGAAACGAAGGGCUCGGUCAGCAGGCCUCCCCAAGCAACGAUACUCAGAACAAGGCCAAGCUGCGAAUCCGUGGCUCGACCCUCCAGAAAUACGCGCACCUGGUGGAAGACGCUGGACACACCGCGGCCCUCCUUUGACUGCUGAAGUUCGCAGGGAGGUGAGGACUCUUCUGCAAAGGCAAAAGCAUUAUGAGAACGACUUCUCGGGCUGGCAGAUGCCAUUCCCUUUUGAGCUGCCCAGCGGGGCACCAUGCCCAAUCUGCACUUUGGGAGAAUGCGGUGAUGUGAACUGUCCCACUUACAGGCCCAAGUACCCGGAAGUCCGUGCGGCUAUCGAAGAGGCGGUGGUUCAGCAGUCGCUGCAACUUCUGACUCAGCCUGAAAAUCGUGGGAUCAAAACCUACGUGUCCGUGGGUUCUGGGCUGCUGGCCCAAGAUUGGAUGAUCCUGGAGAAGCUGAGAGCUGCGGCUGUAGAGUUGCAGCCCUGCCGAGCUGUGUUUGUGGAGCUCCGCACCGCUGUGGCAUGUGAGGGUCGCAGGUUCACCCCUGAAGAAGGCGGGUUUGACUUGUGCCAGCUGGGCUUCAGCGCCCCAUUGGGUCCAGAAUUCUCCUUCUCAGCAGUCAUUACUUUCGAGGGUGCCUCAUGCCACGGAUCUCGUCUCUUUGACUUUGGCAAUUUUGAUGGGCAUGGGGAGGAGCAAGACAACAUCUUUGUGGAUGUUCUGCCGAGCGCGAGUGUGAAUCCACAGGAGCCGGGCACUUUGGUAUUCAGCGUUCGCCGCGGAAGCGGCGAGGAGGUUGAAAUGGUUGCUGCUGGAGGUUCCUGGAUAGCUGGCCAGCCACACCUCUAUCUUUUCACCGUCAGCGCGACCGGCAUGAUGCGCAUCUACAUAGACGGACAGCUGGCAGUGUCGCAGCAGGGCCAUCCUCCAAAGAGGCUGGAGCGAAAGCAUCUGUAUGUUGGCAAAUCCGGAGCCUCUGGCAGCACCUUCUGCGGCGAAAUGCGGAAGAUACAGGUGUGGGACUAUGCUGUGGACAGCGCAAGUGUAGAUGGAGUGUUCGCAGACGAGACUGAGCGUGCUUUGACACAGUUCUCCUCAUGGUUCGCCCAGGACAUGUCUGUCUACUCUUUUGCUAGCCUGGCCUCAUAUGCUGCGGCGGUAGCGGAGGAUCGACGCUUCGAAGCAGACCUCUUGGUGCAAGUGGACGUGCAUGAGGAGAUAGAUGGCUAUGACGAUUUUGUGAAGAAGGUUUUGGGUCCGCAGGGCAUUGCCUUAACGCUUGGAGGGCCUGGCAAGAGCUGGCGGCGGCAAGGAGCCAAGGUAGUGGAGUUUUCCUUGCAGAAUGAGGUCUUGGCCAAAACUGAGGCCAGGACCAAGUUGCCAUGGGUGUUCUUUGGCCCAGGUAAGGUGGGACAAUCCCAUUUCUGUGAGGAGGAGAGCCGUUUCCUGCGGCUAUCAGGUUGGCCAUCCGGCCGAUACCAAAGGAGACGUUCAAGCCACGACUGGCGAGCCGAGCGAUGUUGA